AAUAGAAUUUUAAUUAUACUAUCAUUUCAACUGUUAAAAUUAUCAGUUUUAUUCGAAAACGUCGAUUUAUUAAUCCAAUAAUGUAUUACAACAUUUUUAUCAUGAUGUAUCUAACUACUAGUUUUACAAACGCAUUUCUUUUCAAAUUUCCACCUUUGGACGAGGAGAACAACGGAUUGAAUAAAGAAGCAAAGAACACUUCGAUUAAUUAUUAUAGUAAUAAUAUGGACCCUUUAAAUGGUAUGUCUUUAGAUAUUUUUGUAGCCUUAUUUAAACUUUUUUCUCCGAUACACAAAAUGAAUGAUAGUGAUAUUGCAAACAAAUUCUUUGAUGAAGUUCAAAAUGACGAAUUUAUGGCUUUGGAACGAUUUUUAAAAAUCAUGACAGAAUUUGUAAUAAUAACUGAGGAUGAAUUAACAACUACUUAUAAAGAAUAUCUCAACCAAGAUGGAAAGAUGACUAAAAAAGAAUUUGAGGAAUUGGUAAAAGGAUUUAAUUCCAAUAUAACGGCAGAUAUAUUUACUAAUAUAAUAACUGAAAAUUGUACAGACGCACAAAAUAUAAGUUUUCCAGAAUUCAGAGUCAUAGCUGUGGAAUUCUAUUACAAAUUACUUGAAAGUCUAAAAGUAAAGCUAUACCAUGAAGAAGGCAUAUAUCUUAAAUUAUAAAAUCCGAGGCGAAGAUGAUAAGAAGAGGAGCUCCAUUCUUAUGCGUUGCCGCUCAAU